AUGUCUUCAACAAAGACACAGAUAGAGAUCAAGGGAAAGAAACAAGAGAAAAGAGAUACAACACAGAUGAGUCGUCCAUUUACUGCUCAGUUUAUCAUCAGACAUGUUCAGCACAUUAUUAUUUCAGCUGGAACUGGUGCUGUAACUACGGUAACUGGAUAUACAGGGCAUUCAGUUCAGAUCAGAUGCCCGUAUGAGUCUCAGUAUGAAACCCGCAUGAAGUACCUCUGCGGAGGAGAAUGGUAUACUUUCCAGACUAAAGACAUCCCUGUUGAUUCUAAAACUGCUAAAGACGAGAGAUUCUCUCUGAAUGAUGACACAGCAGCCAGAGUCUUCACUGUCACCAUCACUGAUCUGAGAUCAGAGGAUGGAGGAAAAUACUGGUAUUCUGAUAACAGUACCAUCAUCCACUUCAGCUACUCCACUCCAACUCUCUGCGUCAGUACAUCAGUACAUACUGGGUCCACACAGUCAGUUAAGAUUGUUCUUCUGCAGAAUGAGUGGAUCUAUCAGGAGAUUGAAGAUCAGGAGCUGAGUACUGCAGUAACGUCCACACUCACCACUGUCUACACCACAGUGGGGUCUUCACACACUGUAAUCUACUCCAGUGUAGAUGAGCCAUCUGACUCCAUCACAUACUGCACUUGGAGAGGAGUUGGUUUGGAUAUCUGUGAUCUUGAACUAAGAAUGAAGAUCCUGUUCAUCUUCACCUUCUACCUGGUCUCAGUAACAGGAGACUCCACUAAUGAAGUGACAGCAUAUUCAGGAGGAGGAGUCAGGAUCAAAUGCAAAUAUGAGGAAGAACAUAAAACAAACAAUAAAUAUUUCUGCAAGGGUGAAAGUACACCAUGUGCUGACCAAAUUAAAACAGGAGCCAAACACACAUGGGUGCAUGAAGGCAGAUUCUCUCUAUAUGAUAAUACCAGUGCUAAAGUCUUCUGGGUGGUAAUAAGAAACCUCACUGUGGAGGACUCUGGAACCUACCAGUGUGCAGUGGAUAUAAAGAGAUGGACAGACAAAUACAAAGCAGUGAAACUGAAGGUGAAGGCAGAACCACAAGUGCCAGCACCUUCAGCAUCUUCAUCAUCCUCAUCGAACACAACUGCACAAACAACAUCUAAAACCACAGUGACCACCUCUGAGUGUAUAGAGAUUCCAAUUUCAACCUCAACACCACAUUCAUCAUCACGCAUCAGUCCACAGUUCACCAAAACAUCCACAUCCUCAGGAUCCAAACACACAUCAGCUUCUUCUCCUGAUACAGGAUUUCCAUCUUCCACUGUGAUCAGUGUUGUGUGUGUGACUCUAGUGCUGCUUCUGAUGGGAACCUCAUUCCUCAUAGUGACUUUCAGAAAGAGAAGCAAGAUGCAGGCAUCAUGCAAAGGCCAAGCCCUCCAAGACAUCUCACACAACCAUGAGGUUCCACUUGCUGUCUUUGACUAUGAGGAGAUUAAAGACCCCAGACACAAUGGAGCUCCUACAGUCUACUCUACUGUCUGUCUACCCACAAACCCCUCUGAUCCCUCCAAAACUGUUUAUGCUUUAGCUCAACCACCGUCAUGCUCCCAUGAUAUGGACAUUUACUCUACAGCUCAAUUACCCACAACUCCAUCUGAUUCCUCAGUAGGACACGGUCAAUAAUUGGCCAGCACAUCUGCUGAAGGACUCAUUUAGGCAGCAGUGAUGUUCCAUAAGAGAACUGAUAGUUCUGAACAUGUCGUUACCACGGAGACCUUUAAGACUCAUGUGACUAUGCUACUGUCAAUCAUGACCCAGGAAGUGGUUAGGUUAGAGUUGUAUGUUUUUACCCAAAAUUCACUGAUUGUUUAUGAAAGUGUAUAACUUUCCCUUUCACUUACUUUGCCUUAAUAUCUAUCUAAGCAGGUGUUUUAUUUUCUCUAAGUUAAGAUGGUGGGAGAGUGGUUGAUCCACAUUAACAAUGGUUUUGUGUCUCUCAUAAACAAUCACCACCAUUGUUUACAGAUGAGACAUAAAUUUACAGUUUGGCUUGAUAUGUUCUUUACACACUGGUUACACACAGGACUUCCAUAUGGAUUGAAGACUAAUUUGAGGACUACAGUAGUUACCCACAACCCUCUAUGAUUUCUCACAUUCUGUUUAUGCUACUGCUCUAUAACCCUCUCUCUCAGGACAUUUACUGCAUUGCUUGGUUACCCACAUUUCUGUCUUGAUUGCUCAGCAGUCAGCAGGGACGUAUGCUGAAGCUGCAGCUUAUGCUACAGUGAAGUUCUAUACGAAUGCAGAUAGAUCUAAUGAUGCUGUUACCAAGGAGACCUUUAAGAAAGCAAUCACAAUGUUUUCAUCAGAAGGAUCUUUUUAUCUAGAUUUGUGCAAUGUGUACCUGGACAGGCAUCAUGUGCUUGUCAUUAGUAAUAAUGACACAUCUUUCAGUUUCUUACAUAGACUGUAAAUUGUUGUCA